AUGUCUUCUUACAGAUAUGGCCGUCCGGCCCUCAAGAGCAGCGUCGACGUGCAGCUGCAGACGGCCUUCAGCGAUGGCAACUGGAACACCGUCAUCCGCCUGGCAGCCAAGAGGGCAGCCACCCUCAAAGAUCCAUACUACGAGGCCAUCAAGAUGUGCGCCGAGUCCCAGCUCGACGGCACAGCUCAGAAGUGCGGCGUGCUGGUGGCCAUUGAUGACUUCGUCAAGAGCAAGAAGACGCCCGACCUCGACACCAUUGAGCUCUACGAGUGGGCAUGCCGCGACUUCUUUGACUAUGAAGUCGAGUAUGCCGACACCCUGGGACCCCUGAGGGCCCGCUGGGCCAAGGCCAACCCUGGCAGCCCCCUGGCCCUGCAGUGUCUCCAGGCCUGUCUCGAGAAGUGGGAUCUCGUGAGCGCCCAGCAGAUUGCAACCAGUCUGGACAAGGCUUAUGCCAACACUGCCGACCGCCGCUACAUGUUCUGGAGUAUCACUCUUACCUUUCUCCUUUCAAUUAGCCCACAGUGCACCGAUGCGAGCCGCAAGGUCUACAGUCUCUUGGCCGUCAGGCAGCUCGAGCGGGCUGCUGAUCUGACAGAGAAUUCGGCCAAAUUGGAACCUACAGACAGGGGCCUUCUCACGGAGGAGGAGAUUUGCCUCUACUUCCGCGUGCUGCUGAGUCAUGGGACCAAGGAGGAGUUCGUCUCCAGGUUAAAGAGCCCCAAGCUGGGGGCCAUCAGCCAGCUUAAGGAAGGCCGCAAGCUCCUCUUCUGUGAGGGACUCAAUGCCCUUGAGACCUGGGGCGAAUGGGAGCUCAUUUACAAUUUCUGCCGCGAGGCCUUGACAUUCGGUCUGGAGGGUACCACCUCCCCUUUCUUCGUCUGCGACCUGCAAAUAUGGAGGAAGUUUGCGUCGUCUGCUAGCAAAGUUACAGACUCGGACAGUGCGCUCAGUGAGGUCCAGGCCAUUCUAAAACGCUACAUCGAACUCAAAGACAAGGCUAGUGCCAUGUACAAGAAGAACCUCAGCUUAGCCCUGCUCGAGACAACCUUCCGGCUACCCGCGACGACGCUGAAUCCCGCCCACGAUAAUCUGGGCUUGACACCGAGAGUAGUCCAGCUCGGUCUGUUCCUGGACCAGUACUUUGAGCGACUCUCCGCCUUUGACGACAUCAAGGGUUACGUGGCCGAGCUGAGCUUUGAGGAGAUCAAGACCCUGAUGGAAGGUGUUUUACCAAAGCUUCUGGAUGAGAAUGCCGACAAGCCCAGAAAAACGGUUCUCCACGCCUUGCAGUGCAAGCUGCGUUAUCUCCUCACAACAUGUCCGCAAACGCUCUCACCCCAAACGUCUGUCGCCAAUGGCGAAGCCCAAAAGCCAUAUCAAUGCCGAUUCUGCACCAGCCCAGCCUCGCUUCCUUGCGAGGGCUGUCUCAGAACGCUCAUUACCGAUGCCUCCAAAUCGUACCAGCAAAUAAACGGGGACAAAGAGAUUUUGGACUCAAUCCCCCGCCUGGAUAAAGAUCCUCGUCUGGAUCUCGCCCUUGUCAUGGGUACCUCACUCCUGAAGUUGUCCGGGUUGAGGCCACGGACGCCAGACGCAGGUCACUCGCUGUGGCAGGACGUGAAUCCUGGCCAAUUCCUGCAGGCCGUGCUGCUCCUCGAUGCCCAGCUGAAGGAAACACACGGGGAUACCGAGCUGCGGUUGCUGCUGGUUCAGCUGUACUUGCUCCUUGGUUGUGCGUCCUACGCCUAUCAGCUCUGGACGCCACUCGAUAUAAAGCGAACGAUCCAGGACUCGCUCAGCCCUCUGUUCUUCGACAGGAUAUCCUCACUGUCACCCGGGCUGUUCCAGGGAACUCGUCCGUUGAUGGAGCCGUUGCGAAGUUUUUACAACCACAAUCUGGACGACAGGUCACCGGUGCGCAUCUGGGAUGCUUUUGCCGCGGGCAGCUACACCAGCAUUCUCGACAUGACCGAGUAUGACGGGAACUUGCGCAGGAGCUGCACUGUGAUGAUGACUCUGGUGGAAGAGAGGCGAGCAACCAGGUGCUACGGCGGGAAGAUUGAUGUCGAGAUUGAGGAGCAUCCGCUUGCUGAAAACAUCAACGACGACACAACCCUCGUCAAUAAGACGGACUACGGUCCCUUCCCUAACCUCGAAAGCGUCCACGGCCCGCCAAUCCACGAGUACCUCCGUCUUGGCCCUGGUCUUUCUAAUGAACGCUCCCACCUGGCUUUCCUCUCUGAACAGUACCUGGACUUGCUUCACUAUAAGCCCCCGAAAGAUUACAAGCCCUCCAAAGCCUCCGAAGCCGCCCUCCGCGAUCGCGAAUACACUCUGGAAACCCUCUCCCGCCUCAGCAAUUCCCUGACCGACUUCCUCCACCAACCCGCCACCCCGACCCGUCUCACAACCCCCGAGACAACCUACUAUACCGUCCUCUCCCUGCUCUCCGCAGCGCUUCUCAUAGCCCUCUCCACUCCUCGCUCCGACCCCGUUCCUAAAACGCUCUCCCUGCUUUCAAAAUCAAUCAAAUCCGCCUUCGCCUCCCUCCGCAUGAGCUUCUUUACCCUUCCCCAUGCAGACGAACACACCAACAGACACCUACCGUCCGCCUGCCUCCACCUGACAGAAAUGCCGCACCUCGCCGCCAUCCGCGAUACAGCCCUCGCCAUCAAGCACAGCGCCGCCUUUGUGCUGUCGUUUCACGAGAAGGAGCUGGCGCGCGACCGGAGCGGCCGGUCGGGCUUGCACCGCGAUGUCAUAUCCGAGAUGAAGGUUCUCGCCGAGCUGGCGGGGAAGGCGCUCGUCGAGGUCAAGGGGUGUGUGCACCGGCUGAAGGAGGCGCUUGCUGAGGCCGGGUGGUUGGAUCGGCUGCUUGGGUUGGUUUUUGCCGAGGGGGAUGGCCAUGAUGGUAAUGGUAGGGAGGAGGAUGUGGGUAGGGUGGUGGAAGAGGUUGUGGGCGGGAGAGCGCUGACGGAGGAGUGGGCUGGAAAGGUGGUUGAGAGUUGGCGGGAGGGGGUUAAGGGGUGGGGGAUGGUCAGGAUGGAGUAA